GGAUGUGAGUGGAGCGGCCGCUUCCUGUUUCCCCGCAGUCCUCCCUCUCCCCGCCUUGGGUGGUGGCCGCUGCCUCGUCCCCGCUUCCAGGCACAGGGCGGAGGCGGCCGCGACCCGGUGCGGACACCGCCGCCGGCUCCCUUCUUGCGCGGCCCUCCCCGCCCCGCUCAGCAGCGAGACCCGCCGCGGCGGCGCAGGCCCGAUGCAGGCCAUCAAGUGUGUGGUGGUGGGCGACGGUGCUGUAGGUAAAACAUGCCUACUCAUCAGUUACACAACCAAUGCAUUUCCUGGAGAAUAUAUACCCACUGUUUUUGACAACUACUCUGCAAAUGUAAUGGUUGAUGGCAAACCAGUCAACCUGGGAUUGUGGGAUACAGCUGGUCAGGAGGACUAUGACAGACUACGUCCGCUCUCCUAUCCGCAAACAGUUGGAGGAACCAAUGGUAAGAAUCUAUCUUCCAGUCUGACAGAUCAACCUAUUGCCGAUGUCUUCUUAAUCUGCUUUUCCCUCGUGAGUCCUGCUUCCUUUGAAAACGUCCGUGCUAAGUGGUAUCCCGAGGUGCGGCACCACUGCCCCAACACCCCCAUCAUCCUGGUGGGCACCAAGCUCGACCUCCGGGAUGACAAGGACACGAUUGAGAAACUGAAGGAGAAGAAGCUGACUCCCAUCACCUACCCACAGGGCCUGGCCAUGGCGAAAGAGAUUGGGGCAGUGAAAUACCUAGAAUGCUCAGCACUCACGCAGCGAGGCCUCAAGACAGUGUUUGAUGAAGCUAUCCGAGCAGUGCUGUGCCCCCCUCCUGUAAAGAAGAGGAAGAGAAAAUGUCUGCUGCUGUAAACAUCACUCCCCACCCCCUGCCCCCAGCCCCUGUGCUUUGCUCAGAACAAUGGAGCACUCACACUCAAUGCCAAGUUUUUUCUGUUAUAAAUUAGUUCUCUUCCAUCAAUCCUUGAACCAAUCAAUGAUUCCAUGGUUUCGUUUGGUUAAGUAUGAAAGUUCCCUUGCGUUCUUCUAAAAGCAAACUCCCGAAAAGACAAACCUAUGUAAAGCCUUAUUUUUAAAGUCCUAUUCUUGCUCAAUUAAGUGUUGCCAAACUCUCUGCAGAACUAAGUUGCAUUGUUGUGCUACGACACUAAGCACUAAACUGUUUUUUAAAGAUUCUUGAAGAUGACUCUAAUUUCUGGUAGGAAAUGCAAAAAAAACACUUUCUAGUUUUUCACAGUAAGUAACAGAACCGUGUAAUUAGCAAAACACGGCACUCCCGUGCUUUGUGACUCGAUGUUUUCUCCGGCGGCGCACGGCGUCCUGUCCAACCUAAAUCUCUGACAAUGACUGACACCCUCGAGUCACAGUGUAAAAUGCUUUCUCGUUGGUGAGGGCUUGGUUGCAAUCUAGUUCUUGCUGCUGUGAUUUACGGAAUAAAUGAAUAACUGUUCUUACUGAGGCGUAUCUAGUCCUUUUGACAGCACGGUGUUGUGGUGGGUACAGGGCACAGGGCUUGGAGCAGAUAGUGCCAGACAGUAUUUUGACACUGUACAGAUGACUCUCACUACACUGCCAGGGUGCCUGAAACCAAAUUGACUCUUAGUGCAGGUUGCAGCGUUGUCCCAGAGGUGCAGCGGCGGAAGAGUGGUUGGUGUUUGGAGGUAGAUCCCUCUGGAUUUCGUGUAGGGCAUUUGUUUAGGUACAGUUCUGAACCAGUCAUUCCCCCAACUGUUGUGUAGUACAUGCUCUUCUUGUAGAAUCUCUUCUGAGCAAUAUAACUGGUAUUUUAAAACCUUUCUGAUAGAAAAUUGCUUUUCUUUUCCCUUCCUAGAGUAGAAUGUUCAAGCAUAUCCUCCUUAUUUUCCUGUUAUUUCUGACCCAGUUAAGUUAUACACUUUCUGAGGAGCUUUUAGUCUAUUAACUAGGUGUAAAAAUCAUGUGAAGCAGCUUUACACAUUUUAGUAAUUUUUAUAUUUUAAACCUCUUCUCUGAACCUUCUCAAGUAUCACUCUGCCAGCUCUCCCCACCACGGUAACGUUACUAACGCAGCCAAGUGUUCUUUGUCACUACUUGUACGUGUGCGGCGUAGAGUGAGUAACGGUAACUCGGGUCUGUGAGGUCUGUAAAUUAGUGCUGAUGUUCUGUACAUUCCGAGCUGGCAGGAACAGCCCAGGGACCUGCCCUGCCACCCACUAAAGCAAAACUUAAAACAUAAAAGUUGCAAAGUUGUGGAGUUUUUACAUUGAUCUUUUGCUAAUGCAAUUAGCAGUAUGUUUUGCAUGUAUGACUUAAUAAAUCCUUGAAUCACA